CCCUAACUAAAAUCGUACAUCGCUACUCCGUCGAAAAGUUGUAGAUAGCCGACCCAGAGCUCGAGCAUAGCGCUGCAGAGAAAAAGACGCCAAAUCAACAUCAAUCGAAUCAAAACCAAGCCCUAUCGCACUCAUCUGCGCUGCAGAGCUACUUCCGAGAGAGCCGCGUCCUUGUUCCUCGCGCAAUAUCGCCACGCGCAAAAAUCGCAGCCCAUUGGUCUCUUGACGCACAAACCUUGGGGGUUUCAGCCCGAAACUCGUCGUGGGAAAGUCUUUUCCGAGCUUUCUGUCGCACCUUUAAACAGGCCGUGAUCCAUCGAGACCACAGCGAGGUGCGUUUGAAGCUUCCGAAGGACGUCCCGCGAUACCCGUCUGGCACAUGACGCAUCUGCUGUGGAAAUACUACUGGGAAGAUGAUGUCGACCGAUUUCGACGUCUUCUUGCGCCUGCCGGCCAUGGCGCACAGAGUGGCGCCCGGGGCUCAACCUUAAAUUCAGGAAACGGUGGGAACCCGGGCUACGCUACCUCCCCGCGCACGGCGGCCAAGUCGCGCAAACCCCAGGGCUUUGGAACAGGCUCUGGAAGUGCGCGCCAUGGCCACGGUGGCCUCGGCCGAAACGAAGUCAACAGCCGCGACCACGCCGGUCUUACCGUCCUGCUGCGCGCCGCUUCCUCGACCACCGAGAAUGCAAUCUCCUUUGUGGAGGCCCUCCUCGAGCACCCCGCGAUCGACAUCUACGUUCAGGACCCCGAGAGUGGCUGGAAUGCGCUCCACCGGGCGCUGUAUGUCGGCAAUAUUUCCAUCGCUCGGCUACUGCUAGAGAAGGAGCGCAAGGACUUGAUUGGGCACACGGCCUCGCUUCACCGCGUAGGGCAGCUCAUCAAGACGAAAGACCAUGAGGGCAAAAGUCCGUUCGACCUCUACCACUCGACCAUCGGCGAGCGGAGCUUGAAGGAACUCAUCGAGCAGGAUAAGCCUGAUGACGUUUCCGACAGCGACGAGGCUGAGAUUGUUCUGGAUAAGACGCUUAAUCAGGGCGUGCACACUGCUGGCGAAGACCUCUAUGCAUUCGGCAGCAACAAGAACCUGUCCUUGGGGUUUGGCGAUGAAGACGAUCGUCAAUUUCCAGACCGAGUACAUCUCAAGCGCCCAGAUUAUCUUCUGCGCCGGUUCCAUAGAGAGUACCUCCAGGCCGCUGGCCUAGACGACCCCGCGUCUCAGGACUUGUCGAAGGUCCCGACUCUGGUUCUGAAUCGGACGCUCUUGAUCCAAGACGUGGUGCUGUCCAAGCUGCAUAGCGCGGUGUUAACAACAGAUCCGGUCUCGAACCUCUACGUGUGCGGCAUUGGCCGUGGCGGGCGGCUCGGCCUUGGGGAUGAAAAUACGCGAUUCACGUACACGCCCGUCCAGGGGCCGCUUGCCGACAAGAGGGUCGUCCAGGUCGCACUGGGCCAGAACCACUCCAUGGCAAUUGACGACACCGGCGCGUUAUGGACUUGGGGCAGUAAUGCGCAGUGCCAACUGGGAUAUGCCCUUCCCGAGCCGGCGAAAAAGAACGAGGACCCUAUCAGCACCGUGCCGCGGCAGGUGUUCGGGCCUUUGAAGAAGGAAGUCAUUGUCGGGAUUGCCGCAUCCUCGAUCCAUUCUGUGGUACAUACCGGGGCCUCGCUCUAUUGCUGGGGGAAAAAUAUCGGCCAACUCGCUCUGAUGGACGCCGACUCUAGAUCGCUCGAGUUUCAGCAGACUCCCAGAAAAGUGGCGGCCUCCUUGUUCUCAUCGCCGAUUGCCAUGGUGACGGCCAUUGACAAAGCAACGACUAUCUUGCUGCAAAACCAUACCGUCUGCGUGUUCACCGCGUAUGGCUACCACAUCGUGAAAUUUCCCUUUGCCGCCCUCGACAUGGUCGGCAACAUCAAGCUGGCAACUCGGUAUGAUCCGUCCUCGACGCAGAUCAACUACAUAACCUCCGGCGGCGAGACAAUUGCGGCCCUCACGAGACGCGGUGAUUUGUUUACCAUGAACCUUGACCACAAAGUCGAAACCAACCCGCCAACGGCGUCUACAACGAACCCUUCGAAGAUUAAGGGUGCCGUCACACAGCCGCAGUGCAUUUGGUCUGCGCGGCAAGAUGGCGUCCGCUCCGUUGGGGUUGGCGAGCACGGCUCCGUCAUCAUCAGCACCAAAUCCGGGGCUGUGUGGCGCAGGAUAAAGCGGGCAAAGGCCAAGGUUGCAUCGUCGGGGCUGUCCGAAUCGAAGAGGAAGGACUACAAGUUUCAGAGAGUCCCGUGCAUCACCAAAGUUGCCACCGUCCGGGCAUCGGCGUUCGGCACCUUUGCCGCUAUCCGAAAGGAUUCAGAUGUGAUGAAGGAGCAACUCGCUGUUGAUGACCAGUCGCUAUGGGAAGACGUGGCGCCAUUGAACUGCCUCAACGGAUUUGUCGCAUCGGAACCCAAGAAUGUUAAAGACGAAGUCCGCAAAUUCUGGGGUAACGACGACAUCGCAGGGCGUUUGGGAUCGGUGGCCUACGAGGUGCUGAAGUCUUCCGACAUUGAAGGUGACCUGGCGCAGCACCUUACAUCGUGGUCGUACCGGAACGACCCAUUGGAUGCAGCCGUAUGCACCUCGUCUUCACCUGGCAUCAGGAUACCCACCCAUGGUUGGCUGCUUGCUGCUCGCAGCCCUGUUCUGCGAAAUGCUCUUGCGCACUUUCGCAAGUCGGGGUCGUUUAAUCACGAGAUAUUCAGCAUAAGCGAGGCCGAUGGCAAGGCGCUGGUCUGCUUCCCCGCGCUGGAUCUCAUCGCGCUGCUAAAUCUCGUCCUGUUCGCUUACGAGGAUAAGGUGAUUCCAGUCUGGAAUUUCACUGGUCACGUCCGGCCGCUGGCGUACAGAUAUCGCCAAAUCCGCCAGGAAGUCAUGAAGCUGGCCACCCGUCUGGGCAUGAACAGCCUGAAAGCGGCAGCCAGGCUGCAGGUGGAACCCAAGAAAUGCAUGGACCAGGACUUUCAACUGGCAGUCAAAGACCCGCGGUUCUUUGCAGAUGGCGAUGCGUUGCUGGAGCUGGAGGGGGCCGAAAUUCUGGUCCACAGCACCUUUGUUUGCCAGAGGUGUCCCUGGUUCCAAGGCCUCUUUCUCGGGCGCUCCAGGGGUAGGUGGCUCGAGAGCCGUCGGGCUGCCUCCGCUGAGCGGAUCAAGAUCGAUAUGAAUCAUGCUGAUCCUAAGGCAUUCGGAUAUGUGCUUCAAUAUCUCUACGGGGAUUGCGGCGCAGAGCUUUUCGACCCCGCUGUUUGUGAUUCCUUUGACGACUUCCUAGACCUCGUCAUGGAGGUCAUGUCGAUCGCCAACUACCUGAUGCUGGAUCGGCUGUCGCAGAUCUGCCAGCAGGUCAUGGGUAGGUUUGCCAACAUUCGCAACAUUGCUCAUCUCUUGAACGCCAUCAGCCCGUGCUCCGUCACGGAGUUCAAGGACGUAGGCUUGGAGUACAUCUGCCUGCAAUUGGAGACGAUGCUCGAGAACCAUCUGCUCGACGAGCUCGACCAGGACUUGCUCCUCGAGCUGGACGAGGUCGUCCGAGAUAACCAGGCCGCUCAAUCACCGUUUGUCAGGAGCGGUCGGACCGAGCUAUUGCUUCAUGAGAAUAACCCUUGGUUGGCUGAAGAGAUUGAUGAGGAGCGGCAGAUCAGGAUCAAGGAGGUCGCGUUCAGAGCGCAAAGAGAGGAGGAGAAGAAGCUGUCGUCUUCCGUCAAAGCCAAAUACGGCAGCUUGGAAGAGGCGAGUCCCCUCACCCUCACCCCUGAUAAAGUCAGGAAGGUGUCUUUGGCAGACCGAAACGAGGUUUCCAUUCCUCGUCUUCGAUCAAAGGCGUCCCAGGGAGACAUGAUCUUUGAUAUGGAUGAAGAGGAAUCGCUAUUUGCUAGUCCUUCUGUGAGGCCUCGGAAACCUGCUGAGGCGACAUUGGACGUGGAUCAGAUCCCGGCGCUGGGUAGCUCCUGGAAGGCCGCAGGCAAGAAGAUACGCCUCGAGCUCGGCGGGUCGCCUCCAAGCAGCCCGCUGAGCAGGCUCCAUGCACCCGCAAAGACGGCGAAAGCGGCGAGUGUUGACGUGAUGACUUCAACUUCGGUCAAAACAGGGCAGCCUUGGGCAGCUGCUACGCCACCAAUGUCAAAGCUCGAUCUCCGCGACAUCAUACAGUCGGAGACUGCAAAUCGGUCCUCACUCUCUGAUGGGUUGGCAGCACAGAGGGCGGCGAAGGAGACAACGCCAAAGGCUGCUGCGCCAAAGAUGUCGCAAAAGGAAAAGAAGCGACAGCAGCAGGCAGCGCAAGCAGCGCUGCUCACGACCAAGACAGACACGCCCAAGAACGCAUGGGAGCGCUCGGGCAACGAGUCCCCAGCUGCCCCCUGGAAGACUGUCAACAAGGGCAAGACACCUGUCCAGGGAGCCGACGGCGCGGCCAGCCCAUUAGCCAAGGGCCUCCUCACCCCCGACGCGCCAGCCGCCUCGACGUCAGUCCCAAUCCACCGGCGCACCGCAUCCCCAGACACCCGUUUCUCAGGGCAGCGCACACCAAGCAGCUCCACCGUCAGCGCCGCUGCAAAACCAUCCACUACCACCCCCAUCACGCCUAUUCCACGCACGUCCGGAGUGCACCACCCUGAUUCGGGCCAGCAAAGGCCCCCGCCGGUUAUUCCGCACUCCAAAGUCUACAUCCCGCCAGCGCCCAAGGCGGAACCGCUCCUGGGCCUGAGUAUGGCGGACAUCAUGGGCCAGCAGACGCGCGACAAGAUGCAGGUCAAGGAGGCGGUGGCGAAGCGGUCACUGCAGGAGAUCCAGCAGGAGCAGGCGUUUCAGGAGUGGUGGGACGCUGAGAGCCGGCGGAUGCAGGACGAGGAAAGGAGGCGAAUGGAGAGGACUGAGGGGGGCAUCUGGCCCGUGAAUACGAUCCACGUGGAGUUGGAGGCUUUGUCUGCUGUCUACCUGUUGUAUAUCCAGGCCGGAUAUUAUGCGUGGUUGCAUUCACUAUGAGUUGGGACCUGUUCUGACUCGACGUGCAUAGUGCAGCCAAUGACUGCGGGUAGCAAGAAUCGACAAGUUUAGUUGCUUG